CUUGGGAUAUCGCGUAUAAAAGCGGCGCGAGAAUUCAAUUCCUCAUCAGUUCAGACGUUUCUUUGUAGAUUUCGCAAUGGCGCAAGUAAGUUUGAAGGUGUUUAAUAGAAGUGUAAACGAGACGCGUCGAUUGUCCGUCGAUGAGUCGGUGUGCAGCAACUACUUCUUCAUCAACGAGAAGAUCCAGACGAUCUUCCCCAAUCUUCGCGGUGCCAAUUUCAAGCUGACAUGGAAAGAUACCGAUGGCGAUUACGUUCGAAUUACUGGCGAUGAGGAUUUAAUUACCGCCUUUACCGAAAUGGGCAACACGAAGGUGCUGUACGUAGACAGCGAGCCUAAUCAAAGCGCGAAUGGCUGUCCCUAUUCCGGGACCUUCGACUUGAAAAGUUUGCACGCUUUGGCGCGGCAGUAUCUGGAGCCCCUCAUGGCGUCACCGCAGGGCGAGCAGGUCGCCGAGACUAUACGCAACCUGGCCGCGGGGUUUUUAGGUAAACAACAAAACGCCGCAGGCGGCAAUGAAGCCGGUUGCUCCCAAGCCCAGUCGGCCGAGCAAAAGGUUGAGGAGGGACUCAAGAGGCUGCAGGAGAUGGGAUUUAAGGAUGACCCCGCAUUCGUGAGGAAGCUGCUCGAGCAUUUAAAUGGGGAUGUCGAGGGUGUGAUUAGAAUUUUGUCAAAGUAGGGGUGAUAGAUGUAUGAUAUUAUAGUUUGGGGGGUAUUUAAUUGUUUAAUAAAAAGAUACGGUGAA